AUGGACCAUCGAGACGCGCUGGACUGGCUGCUGAACGAAAUCCUGCCGCGGGACCCGGUUCUGUCGCUGGCGGACUACGACGAGAUUCUGAAUCACGUGCACGACAUGGUCUGGGCGGGCCACACCAACGGCCCCGAGUACGACGAGGUGCUGCUCAGGGUCCAGAGAGCGGCGCCUGAGUACCUGCCAGGUGUCAACAACUUUCUGAACGUGAUCUCCAUGCUGCUGGAACAGUUUGGAAACGGCCCGGCGCUGGUAGAACCACUGGAAAGACUCAAAGACAGACUGCAAGGCGGCGGAUUGAGUGUGUUGGAGGAGGUGCUGGGGGAGAUCAAUGGAGAUCACAAGAAGACACAAAAUCAACAGCAACAGCAACAGCAACAGCAACAGCAGCAGGCGGCGAAAAUGUCACGUGACAACACUUCGACGACCAUGGAUCCACUCCAAGAUCCGUGGUCGACUCCUCUACUACUGGACGUGCCCUACAUCAUCCAGGGACUGCAUACGAAAUCAUACGAGUGGACUGCCGAGGGCAUUGAGAUGGACAAAAACAUGCCGAUUCAGCUCGUGAGUCUGGUGAGUGAGGCGCUGGAACCAGCGCUGUUGUAUAGACAGAUUAGAGAGUACCUAGAUACUCCUACAUCUGGUCUGACGGCUCAAGCUCUGAAGGGGGUGGUUGAGCAGGAGUUACGCAACUAUUUGGGGGUUGUUUCUGUGUUGGAAUCUGAGAUUCGCAACAAGGGCGAUGUGACUCUCCGUAGGUGUGUUCUUUUGCUGAAAGAGGCCACUUUGGCGCUACGUGUUUUGUUUGGUCUACUUCGCGACUGUUCGGGGCUAUUGGGUGGCCAAAUUUUGAGCGUGGUGUACAAAUUGACGUUUGACGGUGAGGAAACCGUGUCCAAGUUCGCCUCCCGAAUUCUCAUUCUCAUUUCGGCCUCUUGGAACGGUAUUCUUCGGCAAUGGCUGAGCCAUGGAGUGUUGAACGAUCCCUAUGGCGACUUCUUUGUCACGUUCAGAACGUCCGAAUCCGACGCCGAGUACCAGGAGCUCAUCAGACAGGGUAAAGGAGGCGACAGGAGCGGGCUGUUCACGUUCGACAAGUCCAACAUUCCCGAGUACAUACCGGAAAAAGUUGCCAAACAGAUUUUCGCGACCGGAAAGUCGCUCUAUUUUGUGCGAGUGGACUGCGGCUUAGCCAACUGGGUCGAGAGACGCAAAGUCGAGCUGACGGCCGAAGAAAUCACCGAUCUACGCGUCUGUGGGUCGCUCAAAAAGCUCGUGGACUCCAUUUAUCAGGAGGUGGUGAGUUACCUCAACACUGUGCUUCGCGACAAGUUCCAUCUGGACGAUCAUCUCCAGGGCAUCAAGAGCUAUCUUCUGAUUGGCCAGGGAGACUUCUUCCAGACAUUGCUGGACAACAUUAGCCCUACUCUGGCGCGUCCAAGCAACACGUUGUUCAGACACGACCUCACAUCUGCUCUGGAGGCGUCGAUUCGCGAAAGCAACGCGCGGUUUGACAAGGAAUGGGUUCUGCGAAACCUGGACGCCAGAAUCCUCGAGCUGGGACAUGGAGCUCUUGGAUGGGACGUGUUCACUCUCGAGUACCACCUACAGCCGCCGCUGGAGGGGAUUCUGAUGGGGUCCAUGGAGAAGAAGUCCUAUCUUCGAAUCUUCAACUUUUUGUGGCGAAUCAAACGCGUUUCGCAUGCGCUCAACAAUGGCUGGAGACGCAUGCGAAUCCAGUCCUUUGCCAACCCGCAGAACUCGCUGUCGACAAUCUGGCCUUCGCUGCGGUUGGCCAUGGCCCAAAUGAUCCACUUCAUCAACGAGCUGCAAUACUACAUCAUUUUCGAGGUGAUUGAGACGAGCUGGACCAAGCUACAACACAAGCUGGUGACCCAGGUGACGGUCGACGAACUGCAGAACCUCCACCAGCAGUUUCUACAAGACAUUAUGUCCAAGGGUCUGCUACACACCGACAAUCUGGUGGCCGAUCUCCAUUCGCUGCUCAAACACGCCAUCAAAAUGUCGGGACUUGUGGACGGGGUGUUUGAGAUCCAGUACCAGAUUCUGACCGGUGCCGACGGCGAUUACGACGACAGAUUGGAGACACUGUCUGAACAGAUUGCUCUGGUUCAGAGAGGGUUCGAGCAGGGGGUGGUUUCACUGCUGAGAGUGCUGCGAACGGUGAGAGACGAAGAUGUGCAAUUUCUGACCACGCGUCUGGAUUUCAACGGAUACUAUCAUAGCAGUGUGUGA